UUAAAAAAAGCAAGUUCAAUAAGAAUUUCAAGAAGAUUAAUAUAAUUUAGAAGAAAGUCAAAUUGAAAAUAAAUCUGAAGAGCAAAAAAAUAUCUAAAAUUAAACUCUAGAAAAUUUAAACGAUUCAAAUUUAAAUGUUUAAUAAUAAGAAGAGUUAAAGAAUGAUACAUUUAAAUCACUAGGAGUUUGCGAUGAAUUAUUAGAAGCAUGUAAUAGACUAAAAUAUAUAAAUCCAACAGCUAUUUAAAUAGAAAGUUUACCCUAUACCUUAAAAGGUUAAGAUAUAAUAGCUUUAGCAGAAACAGGAUCAGGAAAAACAAUGGCUUUUGCACUACCUGUAAUUUAAUCUUUAUUAGAUGCUCCUAUAAAGUUUUUAUGCGCUUAUAUUGUCACCUACAAGAGUAACUAUGUAUGCAAAUAGCUGAACAUUUUGAAGUCAUUAGGAGUAGGAGUAAGUUUAAAAACAACAGUAAUAAUUGGAGGUUUAGAACCUUAAAUAUAAGUAUAAGCAUUACAAAAAAAACCUCAUAUAGUUGUCGGUACUCCUGGAAGAAUAUUAUAUCAUUUAUAAAAUACUAAAGUUUUUAAUAUAAAGUAAUUAAAAUAUUUAAUAUUGGAUGAAGCUGAUAAAUUAUUAAAUAUGGACUUUGAAAAGGAUAUUAAUAAAAUAUUAGAUGUUUUACCGAAAAAAAGAAAUACUUUUCUUUUUUCAGCAACUAUGACAAACAAAGUAAAUAAAUUAACCAGAGCUUCUUUAUAAAAUCCUGUUAAAAUUGAAGUUUCCUUAAAAUAUUAAACUGUUAUUACUUUAGUUUAAUUAUAUAGUUUUAUUCCUUCGAAAUACAAAGAUUGCUAUUUAGUGUAUACUUUGAACGAAUUUGCAGGAUAAACAUCUAUUAUAUUUGUUACAACAUGUUUAAAUGCGAUAAAAUUAACACUAAUUUUAAAAAAUUUAGGAUUCUCAGCAGUUACUAUAAAUGGAUAAAUGAGUUAAGUAAAAAGAUUUGGAGCAAUAAAUAAAUUUAAAGCAGGAGAAAAAAAAUAUUAGUGGCUACAGAUGUUGCAUCUAGAGGUUUGGAUAUACCUAGUGUAGAUUUAGUUAUUAAUUAUGAUAUACCCAAUAAUGCUAAGGAAUAUAUUCAUAGAGUUGGUAGAACAGCAAGAGCUGGAAGAGCUGGAAAAGCAAUAAGUUUAGUUACUUAAUAUGAUGUAGAAAUGUAUUUAAAAAUAGAGGCUUAUUUAGGAAAAAAAUUAGAUGAAUAUAAAUGUGAAGAAAGUUAAGUUUUAGUUUUUAAUGAGAGAGUCCAAGAAGCUUAAAGAAUAAGUGCUUAGGAGAUAAAAGGAAUAAUGGAAAAAAGAAAUAUAAACCCACUAAAAUAUUUAGAUGAUGAAGGCACAAGCUAUAGAUAGAAAAAAAAAAUGA